AUGCCAAAGAUGUUCAAGAACAAACACCAGAGAAUUCAUCAAAGUACCAAAAGUGCCAAAGAACAAACACCAAAGAAUUCACUACAUAAUGCCAAAGAUGUUCAAGAACAAACACCAGAGAAUUCAUCACAGUGCCGAAAGUACCCAAGGACAAAUGCUGGAGAAUUCACCACACAACACCGAAGGUGUUCAAAAACAAACACCAGAGAAUUCAUCAAAGUACCAAAAGUGUCUAAGAACAAACAUCAGAGAAUUCACUACAUAAUGCCGAAGGUGUUCAAGAACAAACAUCAGAGAAUUCAUCACAGUGCCGAAAGUGCCCAAGGACAAGCACUGGAGAAUUCACCACACAAUGCCGAGAACAAACACCAGAGAAUUUAUCAUAGCACCAAAAGUGCCAAAGGACAAAUGCCGGAGAAUUCACCACACAAUGCCAAAGAUGUCAAAAACAAAUAUCAGAGAAUUCAUCACAGUACCCAAGAACAAAUACCAGAGAAUUCACCACACAAUGCCGAAGGUAUUCAAGAACACCAAAGAAUUCAUCACAGUGCCAAGAACAAAUGCUGGAGAAUUCACCACACAAUGCCGAAGGUAUUCAAGAACACCAGAGAAUUCAUUACAGUGCCCAAGGACAAACUCUGGAGAAUUCACCACAUAACUCCGAAGGUAUUUAAGAACACCAGAGAAUUCAUCACAGUGCCCAAGGACAAACGCUGGAGAGAAUUCACCACACAAUACCGAAGGUGUUCAAGAACACCAGGACAAACAUCAGAGAAUUCACCACACGAUGCCGAAGAACAAAUACCAGAGAAUUCAUCACAGUGCCAAAAGUGCCCAAGGACAAACACCAGAGAAUUCACCACACAAUACCAAAGGUGUUUAAGAACAAACACCAGAGAAUUUAUCAAAAUACCAAAAAGAAUUCAUCAUAAUACCAAAAGUGCCCAAGGACAAAUGCCAGAGAAUUUACCACACAAUGCCAAAGGUUUCAAGAACAAACACCAGAGAAUUCAUAACGCCAAAAAUGCCCAAGAACAAAUACCAGGCAUAAUACUAAAAUGUUUAAGAACAAACACCCCACAUAAUGCCGAAAGUGCCCAAGAACAAGCACCAGAGAAUUCAUCACACAAUAUCAGAGACAAGCACCAAAGAAAAAGAACUCAUCACACAACAUUGAAAGUGUUCAAGAAAAAUUCACCACACACUGCCGAAAGUGCUCGAAAACACGCACCAGAGAAUUUACCACAUAAUACUGAAAGACAAGCACUAGAGAAUUCACCACACAAUGCCGAAUAUGCCCAAGGACAAGCACCAGAAAGUUCACACACAAUGCCAAAUAUGCCCAAGGACAAUACCAGAAGGUUUACAACACAAAGGACAAACACCAAAGAUUCAUAUGCCGAAAAAAUGCCCAAGGACAAACACCAGAAGAUCCACAAUGCCGAAUUGAGAAUUCACUUUACAUUGCCGGAAGAGCACAGAGACACACUAUAUAACGUCAAAAGUUCCUAG